AAUGGCGGUGUUCAAAAAGCUGCGUAAGAACAAGGACAAAAACUUGCCAUUGCCUGAACCAGAAGCCGUGAAACCGUUGGACAAGAGGAUUGGAAUUGAUUCAUACAGAGACUUCUUCACUCUCAAAAAUUGGUGGAAAUCGGUAGAUCGAAAACGUGUGGAAGCUUCUACGUACAUGUUCAGCAAAUAUCUCAACGACUUCCCGCAAAACAAGGACUUGUAUCUGAAGCUGAAAAAUGUGAACGCGCAGACGGUCGACAUGAACUGCAGUGAUCCCGGGUUUGAAGCGAUUGCGGCGCAGUAUUUGAAGGUGUUUGAUGACGUCAUAACUGCGGUCGAGGAGAAGCCGGGAGAUGUGCAGACGGCGUGCGAUAGGUUACAGGCGGUGGGGAAAAUGCACCGACAAAAGGUCUCCGGAAUGGACGGAACAAUGUUCCAAAAUAUGGAGGAGCCAUUCAUCCAAAUGGUCAGCCACAUUCUACAGGACCGAUUCAACGAAAAAGCAGAAAUGCUCUAUAGGAAAUUCUUCCAGUUUUGUCUAAAAUAUCUUCUCGAGGGAUUCAACGGAUAACUUUGUUUUCUUUUUUGAAUUUUAUAUUGUAAUUGGUGUUUCUUCUCACAACAAAUAAUUCGGAACAUUUCCAAAAAUGUUCCACGUAACCGGUCAAAUCUCUCUUUCCCUUCAUAAUUUCUCUAAAUUUCAAAAAAUUUUAAACUUUCCGCAGAAAUUUUUUUUUCACAAAGUUGGUAGGUAUAUACGAAAAAUAUGAAAAUUGUAUAUAUUUAUAAAUAAUUAUCUCGGAAAUAAUUUUUUUCUUGAAACAAUAAUUGAGCAUCGGGUUUUAACUAUCCUCUCCUCCCCACUUCCCCACUCCCUUAAUUUUUUUUUGAACACCCAAAUUCAAAAAUUUAUAUCUCAUUUCACUUUAGAUUUAUAAGAAAGUUGUCAACAAAAAAGUUAUACGUCUUAUCUUUUACUAUUCUUUAGUAGUUGACAAACUUGAAAAAAUUGAAAACUAGCUGAGAUAUGAGCUUUUGAAGUUGAGUAAUUUGGAGCAAAUACCAUUACAACGAAAGUUGUUUUUUUCUUUCUUUUUUGUGUUUUUUUUUUGUAUUUUUUAAAUUCGAAAUACAACUAUGGGAAUCUUCUUUAAAUGCAAAUAGUAACGGAAUAAAUAAAUUUAU